AUGUUGGAAAUUUUAAUUCUACUCGGAUUAUAGUCAAAUAAAACUUAAUAGUGUGAGAAAUUAGUAGAAUUUUCAAUCUGUGUUUUUAAUUCUAGGGUAAUUUUACCAAAGAAAUGCCAAGUCAACUUUUUUUUUAGGGAAAUGGGUAACAACGAUGGGAAAUUUUGGGAAUUCAAAAUGUCAUGUUGAUUGUUGAAUUUUAUGUCUAAACGUUUUGCAAACGUAAAUGUGUUAUAAUAUUUUAUAUAAAUGCAUCAUUGUACUGAUAAUAUAGUUGAACAAUAACGUAAAUCGUCAAUGUAUAAAUAUAACAUGAAGUUAUAGAAGUUGCUCAAUAUUAGCGUAGAGUAUUGCGUUGGUCGGGAAGAGGUGUGAUGUGUGACCGAUACCCGGGGUACUUGUUCGGUGGGACUCCUGUCAGUAGCUGGGACAGGAGUUUCAAUUCUUUGGAAAAUCAAAUACAACAGCAGUACAGAGGUCGCGUCGGCCCCCAUUCUCGUUACUGGGGCAGCAUGUCGGAGGGGGGAGGCAUAUCCGCGGCGGGAGGGGACUCUUGCAAGACGAACCUCAUCGUCAACUACCUCCCACAGUCCAUGACGGAAAAGGACUUGUACGCCAUGUUCAUGACCAUCGGACCGAUAGAGAGUUGCAGAGUUAUGAAGGACUUCAAGACUGGCUACAGUUAUGGCUUCGGUUUCGUUAACUUCACCCGGGAGGAGGACGCGGCGCGGGCCAUCGACACAUUCAACGGGUACCAGCUCAGGAAUAAAAGGUUAAAGGUAUCAUACGCCCGGCCGUCUGGUGAAGACAUAAAGGAGACGAACCUCUACGUCACGAAUCUCCCGCGCGCCAUCACCGAGGAUCAACUCGAGACGAUAUUCGGCAAAUAUGGCCGCAUCGUGCAGAAACACAUUUUGAGGGACAAGAGCAAUGGUGCGCCGAGAGGGGUCGCCUUUGUCAGAUUCGACAAGCGGGAGGAGGCCCAAGAGGCGAUAGCGGCGCUCAAUAACGUGAUACCGGACGGCGGCACCGAGCCGCUUAGUGUCAAGGUGGCGGAGGAGCAUGGCAAACAGAAGGCUGCGUACUACGCCGGAUGGGCGGCGGGAUUCCACCAUAACAGAGGAGAUUACGCUUGGAACUGCGGCAGUUGUAUGGUGCCUGAACCGUGGGAACGUUUUCCAUCGCCUCCGCUAGGGGGCAGCCACCCCAACACACCUCGGAAUGGUUGCAGACCAAACUGCGCCAACAGGCUGGGAUUCCCCAACUAUAUGCCAGGGAAAGGCACCCCCAGAUCAGCCAGGGGAGGUAGAAACCCACCAUGGGCGCCAGGAUUCGAAGAAAGGUACAAGGGCCAGCGGUGCCGGAAUGGCCCAUCUCCUUAUUGGUAGUCAGACACAACCAUUGGAUUAAUAAUAGACGUAGAAAUACUUUUAAAGUUUCAUUCAAUUCUUAUAAUGUUAAGAAAGGAGGUAAUAAAGUUCGAACUCCUAUGUUCUUCUGAUAAAAUUCGUUGCGGGUUCCAAAACAGUCAGCCUAUCCCCGGGACUACUCAACCUUCACUGGUUGGGUUUCAUGGACAAACUGGAUCUUAGAUAGGAGUUGCAGUGGUGGGAAAGAGAGGUUGGAUUUGUCCUUGUCCCGUAAUUUUAAGAUAAAUAAAUGAUGUGCUAGUCUGUUUUAAGUGAUAAGACGUUGCGAUUGUAGAUCGUGUCAACUUGCGACAAAGUAUAGGUUUGCUUGCAUUUAAUUCUUAUUAAGUUUGGUGUCUGACGUCAAGUAGUAAGUAGUUGAGAGACAUGUCUUGGUAAAAAUCACAUGUCUCUAUUUGUCUCUAGUGUCUUCAAAGUAGUCCCUACCAUAUUUAUUAACACUUUCACAUCAUCAUGCAUUAAGUAGAAUUUUCAGAGCUUAGUAUGUCUACAUUUAUUAUUACUCCAAUUGGUUGAGUACUUGUGUACGAAGAUGGAAAUUAAAGACACAUGCAAGAUUGAUAAUGCAUCAGGAGUUUCUUUAAUUUAUACCUUGGCUAAAGUACAUUGUAGGUUACGAUCCGUUUCCGGGUUGAUAAGUGUGCUUCGUCCUUUAUUCCUACGGAAAAUCAUCUAUUAGAUCUCCAAGCCAAGGUGUUUAUGUCCUGGAAGUAUAUUUCUAUGUCUGCGUAGAUGUGUCUAAAUUUAAACCUUUUUUUAAGUAAUGAGUAUGAGAAGUUAGACCUCAUAACUGUAAAUAUUAUUUAAGGCAUAGCAGUUGAUUCAUUGUGUGAUUGUGUGUAUGCAAUUUGGAUAAUGUUUAGGUCACAUAGUGGAUUUUAAAUCUUUGCGGAAAGUUAUUGUAGUAUCCAUGAAAUAAAUAUACUAUCACAUUUUUUGUAUUUAAUGUACCUUGACUACGUUAGAAUAUUAAUUUGAACUAUUAACUAGAAAAUUCUAGAAACUUGACCUGACUACAUCUCUCUCACACCUUCCUGGUUUGUUUAAUGAGUGAGAGAGACCACUCCAGCAAUAAUUUACCUAAUGCAUGUUGACUUAUGUACUAAUAGAACAUUCAAUUAUAAACCAAAGUACUGCGUCCUAGAGAUCAUUUUGCACUAACAGUCAUCCGUCCUUGUUAGCUUUGCCCGGAGCAAAUGUUAUGGCUAAAAUAACGUUAGUACAAUUUUAUUUCCAGUAAUUAAUGAAGUAAUGAUAAAUUAAUUGUUCAUUUAUGAAACAUGUACCAUAUUAAUGGACGUUUUUACCAAUUUUUUGGGUAUGUACAGUAACCGGCAGAUUAACGUACCAUGACGUAGCGUAGCAAUGAAUAGGACUUUGUAUAGUUCCAAAUAGGGUUCAAAAUCAAAUUUGUCGUUAGUGGUAAUUUGAUUAUGCUAUAUUAUCAAUUAAAAUAAUUGCGUUGAUCACAAUUUAGUUUUGUCGAAGUUUUAAAGUCGUUUUAAGUUGUAUGUUGUGCGGUAUUUUUGUAUAAGAAACAGGCAGGUGCAUGUAUGAGCCUCAGAUCUUAUACAAAACAUGCACUUUACAUAGCUAUGUCGUCGGUUAAGUUCUAAAACCACGUUAAUCCUAAACUCGAACUUUGCUGUGUACAACUAGUACACCAUUUUGGUACUAAUACUCAAUUAUAGUUUCUUUUGGACUUUUUCUUGUGUAUGAUGGGUCCAAAUGACUCAUAAAACUACCUAGAUUUAGAUUUUCUAGCAAAUGAUGUAUGUGACGUAACAUACUACAUAUAAAAACGGCUCAAAAACAACUUACAUGAUUUUAGAACUUAACGGACGAACUAUGAAGUCUUUGCAUUUUUGUCAUCUAUUGUUUGAUGCGCAGAAGGGAUUUUAGUUUUUUCUCUUAAGACUUUGGUUUUAUUUUAUUCAGGCUGUUUUAACCUCUGGGUUUAGUUCGUUUUAUUUAAUUUAAGGUUUCAUUUUUUACAUUAUUUCUGUAUGUGGUCAUUCGAUUGAUGUGAAUUGAUAUCAGUUGAAGGGUAAAUUACAAUGCAUUCGCUUCGUAUUCUAUAAGUAACUUCCUUCUGUGAAGCGACUUCGAAAUUGAAUCUGUCACAAAUAUUCGCUUGGUCUAGGGGUCAGGUGACCCUUGUGGGGCACACAUAUGGUCAGUUUGCCCCUUUUUGUAUAAAAAUAAUGAUAACAUUUACUGAAAUAAUGAACUUAAUUUUAAUAAAAAUGUCAUUGAUCGAAUGACCGAUCUAUUCAGUAAAAACUUCAUUUAUUAUUGUAAAUUGAUUUUUUUACACAUUUUUCAUUUUAUUUGUUGUAAAGUAAUUAGAACGUCUAUUUUUCUUCUUUGUAUCAUAAUAAUAAACGUUGGAAGUGUGA